GCUACGUCUAGCUCUCUAGCCGUCUAGUCUAGCAUGGUGGUACAUAAAAUCCACAACAAUGGCUACCUCCACUUCUAGUGAUGAUAGCAUACCUAUUGAGUUAAAAGAAAAAUUAGCUGCCUUUGAUACACAUUUAUCUGAAUUAGAAGUUGGUCUUAACCCCAUCUUAUCUAUAAAUCGGACUGCAUUAAUUGAAAAGGUACGUGAGUAAUGCGUAGAGACUAAUAAAAUAAUGAUAAUGUAUUUUGAGAAAUUUGUUAUUAUUACAUUACUCAUUACUAUUUAUUACUAUUACUAUUAGUAAUAAUUAGUAUUAGUAAAAAGUAUUAGGCUACCCGUAGGCUACCCAAUUUAGGACCUAAAAACGAUGUGUGUGAUUACGUUCCUGUUCUUCACUGUGUCACUGAGCAUUACUCGCGUCGCAAACUAAAUCUAAUGAUCGAUAGACGAUGCGGUUAAUAUGAAGGUGCCAAUAUUCUAUAUUAAAAUGACAUUUUCCAUAAAUCUGUACAUGGCUUAUGGGACUGGGGAGUGGUUAAAUACCAAAAUAAGAAAUAAAAAUCUUCUGGGGAGUGGAGACACCCCCCCCCCCCUUAAAAAAUAUAAAACAAGACAACAGAAAGUGAACACAACAUAAAUGUCGAAUUCUUUUGAAUACAGAGUUGUAGACGGAAGAUGACCGACAUGGAGUAAAAUGACAUUUUCCAUAAAUUUGGACAUGGCUUAUGGGACUGGGGAGUGGUUAAAUACCAAAAAAAAAAAAAAAAAUCUUCUGGGGAGGGGAAACCCCCCCCCCCCCCCCCUUAAAAAAUAUAGAACAAGACAACAGAAAGUGAACACAACAUAAAUGUCGAAUUCUUUUGAAUACAGAGUUGUAGACGGAAGAUGACCGACAUGGAGGAAUCUCUGUUGUCUAGUAUAGUCUAAGUCUAUGCCUAUAGAUGGAACACAUCUCAUCAUCAACCUUAAAUUACCACUAACCCAAAAUCAACCAUUUCUACCUUUUAAUUUUUAUAUUUAAUGUGUUUCAUUUAAGUUUUAACUCUUAAAGUCUUUUAUUUCUUUUAAUUUCAUUUGUAUGUUGUACAGAAAUUGUUCUUCUUUUUCUUCUUAUGCCUUGGCAUAGGCCGUCCACAACAAAUUUCCAUUCAUCACGGUCCUGUGCUUUCCUCUCCAAUUGCUUCCAGGUGUAUCCCAUUCUUUGUGUCUGGCUCUAGCUCAUGUCUACAUGUAUUCUUUAACCUUCCUCUCUUUCUUUUUCCCCUGUGGAUUCCAUGUUAGGGAUUGUCUGCUGAUGCCUGAGGCCAAAGUUAACUGUCCAGCUUGUAUCCAUCUUGUUUUACAGAUGCCAAUCGGUGUAAGUUUGUAAGUUCGUAUUGCUGCCGCGACCUGUGCAGCUUUCCCUUUUUCAUACAUGGUUCUUAUGUUCCACGUGUCUAUGUUAGUUUCCUUUCAAAGGAGGGUCUUUGGCUUUGAGACUUCACAUGUAGCCUGGGUUUGGUCGCAAGGCUUCAUAGCUCUUCUUGAAGAAGAGCCCUCUCUUCUCAGGGCUGAAAUUUUUUGUUUUUUUCUUGUUGGCCUUUCCUUAGCAAUAGGUUUUUAGGGGCGAGGUAGCUGGCCUCAGGCCAAGCCUCCUCCUUUUGCACCCGGGCUUAGGACCGGCUUUGGCAUUGUACAUAAAUUGUUACUUUACAUCAAUUUUUGUUUUUUAGACAUGCAAAUAUGAUCUUCGUUAAUGCAAAAAAGAUAACGUAGGGCUGAGUGAAAAUUAAGCCUAGCAACUUUAUUGUAUCUCUCAGAUGUGGGAAAAGCUGCUGCCUAUCUGCGAUUACACCCUUGUCUCGCAUAGUCUCAGUUGUGUGUAUGUUUACAUACUGCCUACUGCAAUUGUAGACAUUUAUGGGAAAUUUUAGUAUUUUUAGAAAAGUGCAAUGGGCAUAGCCAUAGAUUUAUCCUUAAACAGCUAAUAAGUCUGUUCUAAUCUCUAUUUCCCAUAGCUCUGGAAUACAAAAAAAAAAUAUUUGAACCUGCUUCCUCUCGAGUCAGAGAUAAUCAAUGUUGCCAUUGCAGCACAGGGCAGACUCCCUUCUAAAAUGCUAUGAUUUAGCCAUCCCCUUGUCAUUGAAUAAAUUAUUCAAACAGUCUUUCAUAACUUGUAAUUUUAUUCCUGGUGAAGUAGAAAAGUAGAAUUUUUGCAUUUAACAUUUAUGUGCAAAAAUCAUAAUGAUUGAAUGUAAUAGAAGCAAAGAUUUAUAAACACAAUUAGCACAAAAAAUGAUAUGUUUUUUUUUUUACUGACUUAACACUUAAAAUUUAAGUUAGAUAAUACAGCCUAUAUUAUGUAGGAUUUGGAGCUACUAUUUACAUUUUAGAUUCAAUAUUUAAAUGCAAAAUAAUUAUGUUAUUGAAUUUUUUCAGAUGGACCCCUUAGAUGCUGCCAAAACAGAUUUAGUUGCAGCAUAUGCUAUCAAUUCAUUAUUCUGGAGUUAGUAUAUUUUUAUGUUAUUCUUUUCUUAAGAUAUCUAAAUGUAUGCAUUCAUUUAAAAAUAAACUUUAUGUGAUGUUAUAUCAAACUUGUCUUCUAAUAUUAAUAUGAGGUGAAAAUAUAGAGGAGCUUUUUAUUAAAAUAAAAUUUUUAACAAGUCUUUUUAUUUAUACUAUAAUAAGUAUAUAAAUAUAAUGUACGAAAUCUUAUCAUGUUUAAAGCAACCAUAGCUAUUAUAUUAAAAAUCUGUAAAAUUAAUUAUAUAUAACUGAACAAAAUACCUUGAGUAUUGCUUCAUUUGUCAUUUAAAAUCUUAAUUAACUAUCUCCUACAAUAAACUGCUGAUGUCAUAAAUAUAUCUCCUUAACUAUUUUUAUCUACUAGGCUUCAAGUCUUUUUCUUUCCUGAUAAAAUUUACCCUUAAUGAAAAUUAAAAAACUUGCCUUAAACUUAAACAAUAAGAAUUUAACAUUUACUGUUGUAGCAAAUUAUCUAUUAUAGCUGAAUAUGUGGCAUCAAUUAAGAAGAACAUAAUUUUUUUCUGGAAGAGAUAUUAUUGAAAGUUUUACAAUUAUUCAUAAAAUAGAAAACACAUAGAUAGCAGAUGUCAUUAUGAUUACAAAUAAAAGUAGUAGAUUAAUAACAUAGAUUGUAUGAUUUAUUUAUUGAAACCCAUUUCAGUGUACAUGAAUGUGUGUGGAAUGAACCCAAAAGAUCAUGCUGUCCGACAAGAACUGGUAAAGGCACAUUUAUGAUGUCAUUAAAUUUUUGUUGUUCUUUUAAGUUUAUUCAGAGUUUAAGAACGCAUUUUAUAUUAUUACCAAAAUUCCUUUAAAUUACUUGUGUACCUCUAAUUAUUAAAUUAAUAUUUAGACUAUUUUUAAGUCUAUAUUCUGUGUAAAUUUUAAUUAUUUUAUAGUAAAAUAUAAAAAAAACAAAAGCUUUUUAUGAUAUCCAAUCAAGUUUAGAUGAAAAAGUAAUCUUUGGUGUGUUUUAAAGAUUCAAUAAUUAUUUUUAUGCAUUUUAUCUGCAUAAGUCAUUUGAUUUUAGAUGCAAGUUGUACUUUUAUUUAAAUGAGUGGUUGAAAAUGAAAAUGUUUUUACUUGCACAUUAGACACGGAUUCAAAGCUACAUGCAAAGGGUCAAAGAAAUUGAAGACAAGAAGAAAGCACCAAAGCUUGAUAAAGAGGGUGCUAAAAGAUUUGUGAGGAGUGCUUUGUGGCAAGCUGCACAGAAGAAACAUGAAGGCAAGGAACCCUAAUAUAUUUUGCUCAUUCUGUUUUAUUUAAAAAUAAUAACUAUAAAAACAUGUGGAAAUUAAGUACUAAUGUGAUAAUAAGAUGUAUAAUAUAGAAGGAUUCCAGUGACCAUUCUAUGUAGCAUAGAGUCAGCCACUAUAUUAAAAAUGUAGGCUUAUAGAGCCUAAUCCAGACCUGUUUACUCUUACGAUUUUGGCGUACAAUGUACGAUUUUCAGGUGUUUACAUUAUAUAUACUGCAUGUUUUUUUUACUAUUAAAAUAAUGUAUUGAAAGAUUUUGUGAUGAUUUUGUACGAUUUUAAAAGUUUGAAAGUAAACAGGUCUGCUAAUCAAUAAAGCAAGUUAUCAGAUCAUGCAAAUUAAAAAAAAAAAAUUUUUUUCAGAUAAAGACAUCUCUACCUCUGCAAAAUCUUCUUCACACCAAAACUCACAAGAGGGAAAAAGUGGAAAGAAACGUAAAAGAAAUGAAAAGUGAUGAGCUUAGAUUUGUUUAUUAUGUAUAUAUCAUAUAUAUCCAAAUAUAUUGCUAAGAAUGCAAAAGUGAAAAUGGGAUUGACUUACGGUACUUUUAUUUUUGUACCCCCCCCCCCAUGAACACUGUGACUCAGAAUCAGAAGUCUGUCUUUUCAACAAAUACAUUAUUUUUUUAACUCCUCAAAAACCUAAAAAUUCUAGACUUAAUCAAAUAUAUUGCUAAAAAUGCAAAAGGGAAAAUGGGGUUGACUUACGGUUCUUUUAUUUUUGUACCCCCCCCCCCCCAUGAACACUGUGACUCAGAAUCAGAAGUCUGUCUUUUCAACAAAUACAUUAUUUUUUUAACUCCUCAAAAAGCUAAAAAUUCUAGACUUAACAUAAGUUAAUAAGGUCUCCAGCUUUGGUACAAACUCAUAAAAAAACAUCUAUUUUAAUGUUAAAAUCUUUGGAUGACCAGUAGUCCUACUAAAUCAGCGCUCAUAUGUCAUUACAUCUUCAAUUAAAAAGGUUAAAAUAUGCAAAUAAUUAAAAUGCUAAAUAAAAAAACAGAAUAAAUAAUAAAACUAACUAAAUUGAUAUCAUUUUAUCCUUUCUCUCACUUGUCUUUUUAAAAUCGAUUUCUUUUUCUAUUGAAAUGAAGAAUGAAUAAGUUUAUUUGAAUAAAUCAGGCAUUUGCGGGCAAAAAUAUUAGGCCAUCCCUGUAUUAAAUUGGUGUAUGAUUGCCUCAACUAAUGGGGAACCUACUAAAAAAAUGCAAAUACUGUAAAUGAAGUAAUUUAUUGAGAGAUCCAACUGUAAAAUUCUUAAUUGUUGAUCUUUAACUUUUAACUUUAACACCUAGAAUAGUUUUGGAUUUCCUAAAUAUUUAUCUGCAUUGCUAAAUUUUUUCACAAUGCAAGCUUCUAUCUAUCAUGCGGCUUACAAAAUAUGUCAUGAAACUCUUUUGAGAAGAACCAAAAAAGAAUAGAAACAUUGUUCCAUUUGUAUUGAAUGAACAAAGUAAUUUUAUGCAUUUUACUUAAUAAAUGCUUUGAUGUAUGACUGUAGUGUAGUAAUUGAUGUGAAUGAUGUAAAGUGAUCUUGUAAUAGUGUUAAUAAAUUUUACCUUAAAUGGUUUAUUUUUUAUUAUUCAUUAAAUUAUGAUUAUGAUGUUGAUAAAAUGAAAUAAUUAAUAACACUGAUGUUUUUCAUCAUUGAUUAAUUUCUUAUUAAAUGAGCAGCAUGUUAUUUUUUGUGUAAUUAAAUCUUAUUUUUUUAUAUAUAUAUUUUUUUAAUAAUGCUCCUUUUUAAAAAAUAUAUAUUCAUAAUUCCGGGCAGUAUUGUUUGUCAACAUUGCUUUCAUUAGGGUUCCAUAAUUUAACUAUUGAGACAAAUAUAUAUUAUAAUUUAAUGAUGGCAAAUUCAAAACAAAUUCAUAAUGUAAUUUAAUUUUGGGUUUUAAUGAAUUUAAGGUAACUAAGACAUGAAGCAGAAAUUUAGCCUUGAAAGUUAAAGAGACAACAAAUUGGUCAAAGGGAUUAUUUUAUUGUGAUAACAACAAUUUUCAUUAUCCAGUAGUAAACAAUUAACUGGUUCUCACAUGUACAAAUAUGAACUAUCGGGUAACUGCAGCAUUUUAAAUAUCUCUUAACUUUGAAAAAAUCCAAAUAAACAUAAA